GCCAUCAUCGCCAUGCGCCGCGUCCGGGAGUGACGCGCGGGCUCCGGCACCGCCAGCAUGGAGGAGGCGGGGGCCGCCCCCGCCCCGGCGCUCGCCGAGCUGCGGGCAGACGAAUGCUAUGCUGACUUCUUCAGAGAAGACUUUGAUGUGAAAGCUUACACUUCCCAGUCCAUCCAUCAGGCUGUGAUAGCUGAGCAGCUGGCCAAACUUGCUCAAGGUAUUAGUCAGUUGGAUAAAGAGCUGCAUUUACAAGUUGUUGCAAGACAUGAAGAUCUGUUGGCCCAAGCAACUGGAAUUGAAUCCCUGGAAGGUGUCCUCCAAAUGAUGCAAACUAGAAUUGGUGCUCUACAAAGCACUGUUGAUAGAAUUAAAGUCAAAAUUGUUGACCCCUACAACAAAAUAGUGUCUCGCACAGCUCAGCUAGCAAAACUUCAAGCUGCCUGUGACUUGCUGCGGAGGAUAAUACGCAUCUUGUAUCUCAGUAAGAGACUUCAAGGACAGCUGCAAGGAGGAAGCAGAGAGAUAACAAAAGCUGCCCAGAGUCUCAAUGAACUUGAUUAUCUUUCUCAAGGGAUUGAUCUGUCUGGAAUAGAAGUGAUUGAAAAUGACCUGCUUUUUAUUGCAAGAGCUCGUCUUGAGGUGGAAAACCAGGCUAAAAGGUUGCUUGAGCAAGGUGUGGAGACUCAGAAUCCUACUCAAGUGGGAACUGCUCUUCAGGUUUUCUAUAAUCUUGGGACUUUGAAGGAUACCAUUGCUAAUGUGGUGGAUGGAUACUGCACAGUGCUGGAAGAGAACAUAAAAAAUGCUUUGGAUAUCAAAGUGUUGACCCAACCAUCUCAAACAGUUGCAAGAGGUGGCCCUGGUCGAGCUGCUAUGCCAACACCUGGGAACACAGCAGCUUUUCGAGCAGCCCUCUGGACAAACAUGGAGAAACUCAUGGAUCAGAUCUGUGCUGCUUGUGGACAGGUGCAGCAUUUGCAGAAAGUACUGGCAAAGAAAAGAGAUCCUGUGUCACAUGUCUGCUUCAUAGAGGAGAUAGUUAAGGAUGGCCAGUCUGAUAUUUUGUACAAAUUUUGGACUGCAGUUACCCAGACACUUUCCUCUCAGUUUCAGUCAGCAACAGACUCCUCUAUGUUUUUGAAACAAGCAUUUGAAGGAGAAUACCCUAAAUUACUGAGGCUUUAUAAUGACUUGUGGAAGCGCCUCCAACAAUAUAGUCAAAAUAUUCAGAGGAAUUUUAACACAAGUGGAACUACUGAUCUUUUUGCUGAACUACAACAAAUGGAAGAAGAUGCACAGGACAUAUUCAUGCAAAAAAAUGAAGAUUAUGAUCCAGAAAAGGCCUUGAAGGAUUCACUGCAACAAUAUGAAGCUGCCUAUUUGUCAAAAUCCUUGUCUCGACUGUUUGACCCCAUCAAUCUUGUCUUUCCUCCUGGAGGUCGGAAUCCUCCCUCUUCUGACGAGCUUGACAGCAUCAUUAAAACUAUAGCCAGUGAGCUAAAUGUGGCUGCUGUUGAUCCAGACCUGAGUUUAGCUGUGGCCAAAAAUGUGGCGAAGACCAUUCAGCUUUUCGGUGUAAAAUCAGAGCAACUUCUGUCCACUCAAGGAGAUGCCAGCCAGGUGAUUGGGCCACUGACAGAGGGCCAGAGGAGGAACGUGGCUGUGGUCAAUUCUCUGUACAAACUGCACCAGGCUGUUCUGAAGGUUAUUACCAGUCAGAGCUCAUUUCCAGCAGCUGCUGAGCAAACUGUCACAACUGCCUUAAAGGCAGUCCAUGAUCUAAUGGGAAGUGCUGUUCAGCCGCUACUGAACUCUGUAGGAGAUUCAGUGGAAGCUAUUAUCAUCACUAUGCACCAGGAAGAUUUUUCUGGAUCAUUAUCCGGCUCAGGAAAACCAGAUGUCCCUUGUUCUCUCUACAUGAAAGAGCUUCAGGGUUUCAUAGCAAGAGUCAUGAGCGACUACUUCAGGCAUUUUGAGUGUUUUGACUUUGUCUUUGAUAACACUGAAGCCAUGGCUCAAAGAGCAAUUGAGCUUUUCAUUCGCCAUGCCAGUCUGAUCAGGCCCCUCGGAGAAGGGGGGAAGAUGCGCCUGGCAGCGGAUUUUGCACAGAUGGAGUUAGCAGUAGCCCCGCUGUGUCGGCGAGUCUCUGACCUGGGCAAGUCCUACAGACAGCUGAGGUCAUUCAGACCACUGCUGUUCCAGACCAGUGAGCAUAUUGCCAGUAGCCCAGCUCUGGGAGAGGUUAUUCCAUUCAGCAUUAUUCUUCAGUUCUUAUUUACAAGAGCACCACCAGAGCUAAAAUCACCCUUCCAGAGGGCUGAGUGGUCCAUUGCCCGCUACUCCCAGUGGCUCGAUGAUCAUCCAGCUGAGAAAGACAGGCUUGCUCUCAUACGUGGUGCACUGGAAGCUUAUGUUCAAUCAGUGAGAACAAGAGAGGGAAAGGAGUUUGCACCAGUCUAUCCCAUAAUGGUUCAGCUGCUGCAGAAAGCCAUGUCAAGCCUUCAGUGAGCACACCUGGACAAGGCUCUCACACCAGGGGAUGGAUGGUAACACAGCUGGGGGCUUUGGUGCACAAUGGGUACUCACUGUUCAUGUAAAUUAUCCCCAAGUACAUCAGCUUUACAAUGACACGUUUACCUACUUCAUGUCUGAAACUUCUGUCUUCUUGCUUUAUGUUCACAUUACAGGAACUUACUUAUACAGAAAUAUUAUAAGGAAAUUGUACAACUUUUAUGUGCUGUAAGUCUACAUCUAAUUGAAACAUUCUUAAGCAUUCCUUUUGAAUUUAGAACAGUAUAAAAUUAGAACUCAAAUAUUACAGUGUAAUUGCUGAAUAUCUCAAAUAAGGAAGCAGCUCUUUUCCUACAAGUAGAGUUUUAAACAGUUGAAUACAUUUUAGCUGUAUUCAGAAAAUUGUACUUUUGAAACGUUUGAAUCAUCAGUUUCCAUCUAAAAAUCACUAAUUUUAACACAAGGAAAAAUAUUUAUAACUAACCUAAAUGCUUCUCUAUUGCACUGCUAUUUGCUUAGAAAUAAUUUAUAUUGAUUUCAACUCUUCUUGCUUAAACUGUAAUAAAGAACAUUAACUAUCCAA